AUGAAAUAAUCAAAAGCAACAUUAGUAAAUAGAUGGUACUUUCAUUUAGGUUAGGAUUUUAAUAAAAAUAGAGAAGAAAAAAUGGACUAUAACAAAUUAAUAGACUUUCGAGACUCGAAAUCCUGAAAAGACAAUGACGGAUUUAGUUUAAUAAUUUUAGCAAUUUGAGUUUGAUUUAAUCCAAAAAGCCUCUUUUGGUCCAUAAAAUUUGAAUAAAGAUGAUACUUAAUAUGGUUCAAUAACAUCAACUUCAAAACUCAAAUAGUUCAAUUUCCCAAUAGUUAGAUAUCUAUAUUGAAUAAAUCAUUUUCAAUAAAUCCAAUACUAUUUAUAAUAUGUAAUCAUAACACAUAAGAUAAUCAAUUGCUUAUAUUUAAAUUGGAACUGUUGAAAGAAUAGGUCUAAUUUUUAAUGGAUAAUUUGUUCAUUGUCGGAAACAUAUUAUUUGUAUAAUAAAAUGAAAGCAAAGAGAUUUUUAAAGGUUCAUGUUGCUUGUUUAAAAGUACUUUAUAAUUUCUAAAUUUCUUUAGUGAUUGUAUGCGAAUUUUUUUUGUUGCUAAGAGAUAAAAUUGUUUUAUUACUGAAUUACCUAAAGUAAGAGAUUAUCAUCAUAUUUGGUAAUUAAUUGGUUAUUAAAUGGCUGAAACAUGUCAAAAUUUAUUGUAAUUUUGUUUAUUGAAAAAAGAGUCUUAGGAGGAUGAUUAAUAAAUAUAAAUAUCUUUUAUUCCAUUAUUGAUUUAAAUUUAAGAACUUUAGUCUAUAAUUAUAUUCAAAUUCCAAAAAAUUAUGUAGUAAAAUCUCAAGUCUAAGAUGUAGGAUUAAUACGUGCAUUUUUUAUGA